ACCAGGAAAUAAUCUAAGUUAUGAUGAUAAAAUGUUUCCAAUGAUGUUUUUAUGUUGAUUUGCACUUAGUCGACAUUAAAAUGGGAAAUUCUAACAUAAAACAACACAUAGAAACAGCCCAAAAGACUGGGGCAUGUCAAUUAAGCAAAGUUGGAUUCAAAGAGUUUCCGGAGGAGUUGCUACAGUUGACUGGCAACUUGCGGACGCUGGAUCUUUCAGAAAACAAGAUACAGAUACUUCCACCCAUGAUUGGCAGUUACAGCCAGCUCAAACAUCUGCAUCUUGGACAUAACAAAAUUGGGUUUGUUCCUGAAGAAAUUGGAAGACUAAAGAAACUUGAAACACUGAACCUAGAAUAUAACCGUCUGUCGAGUUUGCCAUCAUCUAUGCGUAAUCUCACAAACUUAAGAAAUUUAAAUCUUUGUGGAAAUCAAAUCAGAGCAUUUCCUGUGCAUCUCAGUGGUUUAAAACACUUGGAAUACAUUGAUGUGUCCAGAAACUCAAUAACAGAAAUUCCAGAAGGAGUACGAGGCUUGCAAGCCAUAGAAAUUAAUCUCAAUCAAAAUCAGGUUUCACGGUUAUCUGAAGGACUGGUAGAAUGUCCUAGAUUAAAGGUGCUAAGACUGGAGGAGAACUGUCUAGAAAUCUCGGCAUUUACUCCAUCAAUUAUGAAACAUUCGUCAGUCGCUCUGUUUGCCAUUGAAGGAAAUGUGUUUGACAUGAAAGCCUUUCAUAACUUAGAGGGAUAUGAGGAGUACAUGGAGAGAUACACAGCCACAAAAAAGAAGUUCAACUGAAAAUGUGUGAUACAUUGAGCUUGUGAAGACUGGUCAUAUUUGUUUAUUUAUAUUAUAUAGACUUUACUAUGUCAGUAUAUUCUAAUUUCUAUAAAAUUAUUUCAGAUCUGUUAUCAUAGAUCAGACCUGAUGCUCAUUUGGGUUAUGUUUACAUCUUGUUUACAUAUAACAGAAACGGUCAGUCUCUCUGUUGGUAUGUCUAUUUGAGCUCCUCUCUUUUGAACAUGUUGUCCAAGAUAAUAUACAUCUGUCUGGGACAGAAGCCAUUUUCUUGAGUGUUACUUUCUUGUAUGCAUCAGGUUUUAUAAAUCAUAUAACAAGGAAUUCUGAAGAACUUUUACACAUGUUCAUUAUUAUUAUAUUUUUUUAAAUAUCGUCAUUUUGUUUGGUAUGCAAGAUAUUAUGAUUUUGGGUGCCUUAAUUUGAGUGAAACGUUGAGUGAAUGGAUAGUGUUUGUAAAAUAACUCAGUCACCCAUCUUCUAUAGUGUUAGUAGCAUUGACAUUAGUGUCCUAUAGUCAGAAAUCAUGAUGGUUAAAUGAAUGUUACCUUAAAAACACCACUAGAACUAUUUUACUCUGGUGUGAUGUCAUCAAACAUUCCUUUCCUCUUUUUUGUUCAAUGGAGAGUAGAUCUGGAGAUGCUGCAGGUGAAUUUGAAGACAAGUUAGAGAUGCUCCUAAUGAAUUAUUUGUAACAACUCGAGGUGUAUUAUAUUUCACCUUAUAAGAAUUCAAAGAUUGUUUCACCAAUACAUUUAUGUCUUAUAUAACUGCUAGAUAAAUGAUUACAAAUAUUGAGUGUCUGAUAAUCCAGACAAUCUUAUUAACCAGUAUACUAGUCCUUAGUGUUUUAAUUAUUUAGUUUUUAAUUUUUGUUGUUAUGGAUUGCUCUGUAUUAUUCAAUACACAAAAAAAAGAGAAAAAGGUAUCUGUGAAAAAAAGUUGAUGCAGAAUUAAAAUUACAAAUCUGUUAACAAAACAAAACAUCAUUUGUGAUUAUUCCCAUCGAAAUUCUAGUGUUACAGUGAGUAUGACAUGUUGUGUUUGACACUUUGUACAUAUCUGUAUGAGUAUUAUGAAAAUGUAAGUUUUAGCCUUCAAUUGGAUCCAGGGUAUCGAUGAAAACACCAGUAAAGGAUGAAAUAAUACCACAGUGUCUCAUUUGUGGAAAGAUAAUAUACUCAAGAAUGUUAGAAAUAAGAAGUGUGCCAAAAUAAGGACUGUUUUCAUGAUCAUAUAUAAAUAUACACCCACAUAUUUAUAUUCAGUAAAUGAUGCAUCCUGAUUUUUUCAUACAUUUUUUGUGUGCUUAUUUUGUGCAGCCUGUUGUUCUGUUAUGUUGUUGAAUUGUUAAAUAUUUAUUCCAGUGUUUAUAUAUCCUUAUUAAUAUUAAAAUUACGCUGUCACUAAAAUGUACAUAUAUAACAUAAAAACAUUUUAUCCUCCUCUGUACAGAUGUUGUGAUGUUUCUUUUAGUCAUAUGGGGUCAAAUUUACAAAGCUUGUUUUUUUUGUAAAAAAACCCUGCAGGUGUUUAAGCAUUGUAAGUGAGUGUAGGUACAUGUGUGUACUGGUAACUGAAACAGGCUCUGUAAAAUUGGCUAUAGGUUUGUAUGCAUUUAUGGAAUGGUACCAUUGGUAGUUAAGAUGGGAGUUCAUUACUCAGUGUCAUAUUUCACAUUUUUAGAAAUUUACAAGCCUUUAUUUCGAUAAAAUACAUGUUCAAUUUAUUGAUAUUUCUUAUUUGGAACAAUGCUUUACAGAUUACUUUAUUACAUGGAAUUACUGGAUGUUGUUGGUGCCAUAUAACAACAAACAUUCACAUACAAGUCUUUUUGAAACAUUGUACAACCAAUUACAUAAUUUUUUUUACUUCCUUCUGUGCUUUGUAAUGGCUGAACAUAUUUAUAUGUGACAUAAACUGGAGAUAACAGCCAACAUGAAUUGAAAGAUGAUGUGUGAUGGAAGCAGAGUUAUGGCCCUUUAUUUAAAGACCUUUCUAUACUACCGAGUACAUAUAUUUAUAAACUAGUAUUUUUAUGCAUCUUUCUGUAAAUAAUUUGUCUUUUUAUCUUUUUUUUUUUAUAAAUUAAGUAUAAUAUUUAGUAUGAUGGUAAAAUGGUGUCUGCAGUUAUAAUCUAAUUCCAUAAUAAUGAACUAUUAUUUAGCAAUUUAUAGACCAUUUUUCAUGGCAUAUAUUAAAAAAGAAGAAGAGUAAUAUAUAUAUUUUUUAACAAUUGAAAUUAUAUUUCUGUUUGAUAUACCGUGUUUACAAUUCUGUUCCAUCAAUACAGUUUUGAUCCACUUUGUAUUGUGUACAUAACAACCGAGUGACUGUGCAGUAUGUAAUUUGUAGAUAGUAUUCCUACAGAGUUUCCAUUUGCAUCCAAUAUUCAUGCUGCCCAGAGAUACUUUCUCUUUGUGUUUUGCUACAGAGCAUUAAAAGCUUCAGUCUGUGAUAUCUGAGACUGUCGCACAGUAAUUGGUUAGCCAUUCGCAUGACAUAAAAUAUGUAUCUCACUGUCAACAAGUAAAUUCAAAAGCUGUCUGAGAAGACUUUGUCCUGAAAUAAAUAUUUAAUAGCUAAAUUCUUCCCAUGGUUAAUAAAUGGUGCAUAUUGUUACUACAAUUCGAUCGAAUCAGGGUGCUGUUAAGUUGUGACUUGGUGUUUGUCAUGUAUCCGAAGAUGGAUAGCAGCAUUUUAAUAUUUUAAAAGUACAAGUGUAUAAUCGGAUUAAUUUCUUUAAAUUCAUUAGAAUGUAUCAGUUUUAUCAUGUGCAUAUAUACACAUACCUGGUGCACACAUACAUGUUUGUUACAUUCCUGUCAUAUUUAAAAUGAUCUCGCCCCAUUAAUGUGCAGCACUGGGUUUUUUUUAAGAAUGAUUCUCACUACUGUAACUAUUGUAUGGAGGAAAUAAGGCCAUUAACUCCCAAAGAAUGACGUGUUCACAUUUUGUAUUCCUUAUUUUAAUGCAUUAAAAAAUAAUAAUAAAAAUAAAUCUCAGCAUGCUUUAAUUUUAAUUUUGUAUUACAGGAGUUUAAUUCACCUCCCCCCCCUUCUGUUUCUAUGACUGCUUAUUGGUAUUUAACACUCUAAUUAAACCUACUAUAGAUAAGCUACUGUAAUAGCAAACAUUUAUUAUUAUCCUACUAUCUAAGCUACUGUAAUGGGAAACAUUUAUUAUUAUCCUAACUAUUUAAGCUACUGUAAUAAGAAACAUUUAUUAUUAUCCUAACUAUUUAAGCUACUGUAAUGACAAAUAUUUAUUAUUAUCCUAUUUAAGCUACUGUAAUAGCAAACAUUUAUUAUUAUCCUAACUAUUUAAGCUACUGUAAUAGCAAUUUUUUUUUUAUUAUCCUAACUAUUUAAGAUACUGUAAUAGCAAACAUUUUUUAUUAUCCUAACUAUUUAAGCUACUGUAACAACAAACAUUUUUUAUUAUCCUAACUAUUUCAGCUACUGUAAUAACAAACAUAUUAUUGUCCUAAUUAUUUCAGCUACUGUAAUAGCAAACAUUUAUUAUUAUCCUAACUAUCUAAGCUACUGUAAUAGCAAACAUGUUUUGUUAUCCUAACUAUUUAAGCUACUGUAAUGGGAAACAUUUAUUAUUAUCCUAACUGUUUAAGCUACUGUAAUGGGAAACAUUUAUUACUACCCAAACUUGAAUCCUGACCGACCGUCUAGGUUACCACAAGAUAGUGCAGGCUCUGUUGUUUUAUUUUGCAGCUUACUGUUUGCAAAUUAGAGAGGGCAUGCUGUAGCUCAGUGGUAAAAUGAAUGCCUGAUGUACAAUGGGUUGUAGGAUUAAUAGCUAUGGAGGAUCCACAUACACCCCUCUCAUCCGUAUAGACACCCACAUAACUGAUAUAUCGAGGUCUGUGGUUAGUGAUAUCCUGGCUUUGGAAAAUGAAUAUAAAAUAUUAUUUGCUGUGGUUUGGUUGGAGUAUCCUAUGGCAGGACGUUUUGUCCCUCACUAUCUUAACCAGGCAUCACACAACUACAUGUUAGACAUCAAUUCAAACGGCCAUAGAUGACAUUAAACAUUCCUUUGUUUCUUUUUUUGUUUUUGAUUGGAUGUUGCACUCAAUAUAAGCUGCCCUGCACCAAAGACCAUUUCGUAGAUACAUAAUUAUGGUCAUAUCGGUCGGUUUCGUGAUGUAUUUUAACACACAGUUUGUAGUGAUUAAUGGCAAACUAAUUUCUGUAUUAUUUAUAGCUGUUUUCACGUAAUAUUCUUGCCAUAUUGUUGUCUGAACAAAGAGGUUUAAGUAAAAAAUAUUUAUACAUGUA